CCGGUUCCAGGCGCGUUGCACCGAGAGGCGCCUGGGGAACGCUGGCCUCUCACACGAGCUUUGGGACCGGGGUCUGCGGCGGGCCGCUCGCUGGCCCCGUCUCCCUGCCCCGAUCGGACAGCCCCCCGGGGGUUCUGAGCCUGGGCCACCGCCGCUGCCCACGACACGAUGCUCCCCUUCUACAACUGCUGGAGGACUGGACUGCUGCUGCUGCUCCUCCUGGCUGUGGCAGUGAAAGAAUCGUGGCAGACAGAAGAAAAAACCUGCGACCCGGUCGGAGAAAAGGGUAGAGAGUCAGAGAAUGAGUUGGCACUACUGAAAAGGCUAAAACCACUGUUUAACAAAAGCUUUGAGAGCACUGUGGGCCAGGGCCCAGACACAUACAUCUACCUGUUCAGGGUGUGCCGGGAAGCUAGCAACCGCACCUCUGGGGCAGGCCUGGUGCAGAUCAACAAAAGUAACGGGAAGGAGACAGUGGUAGGGAGACUGAAUGAGACUCACAUCUUCAAUGGAAGUAAUUGGAUCAUGCUGAUCUAUAAAGGUGGUGAUGAAUAUGACAGACACUGUGGUCAGGAGCAGCGGCGCGCAGUGGUGAUGAUCUCCUGCAAUCGACACACCCUAGGGGACAAUUUUAACCCUGUGUCUGAGGAGCGAGGUAAAGUCCAAGAUUGUUUGUACCUCUUUGAGAUGGAUAGCAGUCUGGCCUGUUCCCCAGAAAUCUCUCACCUCAGUGUGGGAUCUAUCUUACUCAUCACGCUGGCAUCACUGGUUGCAGUCUACAUUAUUGGGGGCUUCCUGUACCAGCGACUGGUGGUGGGAGCCAAGGGAAUGGAGCAGUUUCCCCACUUGGCUUUCUGGCAGGAUCUUGGCAACCUGGUAGCCGAUGGUUGUGACUUUGUGUGCCGUUCUAAACCCCGAAAUGUGCCUGCUGCAUAUCGUGGUGUGGGGGAUGACCAGCUGGGGGAGGAGUCAGAAGAAAGGGAUGAUCAUUUAUUACCAAUGUGAUUGCACUUUAAACGUCCAGCUGCUUCUUCAGUCCCCCAAACCAAAGCAUACUCAGCCAGAUUUCUUAAGCAGGCUCUACUCCAGUCUCAUCUCACCCUUAAUACUGCUCUUGCUUUCAGUCUGCAUCUUCUCAUAGCAGAAAUGCCUUCCCUUUGUUCCCUAGUUUCUGUUUUUGAGAGGCACAGUGUAGGACAAAAGUAAAUGGGGCCUACGACUACAGGGGCUAUUGCACAUUCUGGGUAUCAGGUUGGACCAUUACAGUGAACAAAAGGGUAUGGCAGGCUCCCUGACCCUUUCUUCUUUAGACACAUUUUCACAAGUUUUUGAGACACUGGAUUUCUUUAAUUAAAAAAGAAAAAGGCAAAGAUUAUUUAUACAUGGUUUGAUUGCUUUCAUGCUGUUACUCUGUACCCUACAGUAGUCUCCAUGAGAAUCUGGAUGUAAUUUCUUGCUGCUUAGAACUACUUUUAGUAAUAACUUGGUUGCAAUCCAAGUACUGCCAAUUGGGGUGAGCCUGGAGAUGUUCUAAAGACUUGCUUCUCCCACCUCUGGGAUUAGGAUGGGGAAAAUGUGAAGUUUCCCAUUACAGGGUUGUAAGGUACCAUCACACUUGUUGGCGUGGGAGUGACUUCAUAGCUGGAAUUGGGCCCUGGAUUGUGGUCUGUGGUUAUUGGUCCAUCUGUAGCUGAGGUGCCUAAUCUAGAAGUCCAGUCCAUCGGAAAGGGAAACUGAAACCAGCCUCCUGUGCUACAGGGGUUCCGGAAAAGGGAAAUCUCUUUACCUUAUAGUGGGAUCUCUGAUGGCUUUCUUCUCCCACUUGCAGUACACGCUGGCCAAGCUUCUCUCACGCCUGACAUGUUUCCCUCUGCCAGUAUUUUCUAAACAUGUUGCACUUUCUUCACAGGCAUGUUGACUUUUUUUCCUCAAUCUUCUAGAAAGGGAACGGAAGCAGAAGUGGGACUUGUCAGGCUCUGCCAUCCUCGCUGGGGUGGGAGGCUGCUGUACCUGUCCCUCUUUCUAGCUCAGGGAAGAAUCUUGCCCGCAGCAGUUCUGUGGGGAGAGAUUUUAAACCCUCUGAUGCUUCCACCUUUCUCUUUAGGCCAUGUGCCCAGAAACCUGGCCUGAUCUUUCGCUAAUAGGUAACACCUGGGGCACUGGAGCGUAAACAUGGCUCUGCUAAACCUGAGAGGGAUGGGAUCAGCAGGCAGGGACCUUUUAUAAGCCUUUAGAAAAAGAAAAAUUAUUUCAUUUUGGACUUUAAAUACUAUCAGAAUGAUUUUUUUUCUUCCUAAAUAGGGAAAAUAAUGUUGUAAAAACAUCUUUGUUAUUUGUUUGGCUCCUCCCCCACACUGGUGAUUUAAAAAAAACCCUACACUUUUGUACAAAAACCACAUAAAAGAUUAAAAAAAUAUAAAAUAUGCUGG